UCUCAGGCAUAUGUACAAAAAAAAUAUUUCACAUUUACAGUCUGUGAAGGUCGCUCUCUUUUUACACCUUUUUGUAUGAAUUUCUCCGUUCCCUUCGCGCGCGCCACGUCACAAUCACCUACCGAACUCGCGUGAGUCCUCCCACCGCCCACGCGUGACAUCUGAAAGAAGAAAAAAUGAAAUAAAUAAAUGAGCAAGGUGCAGUUCCGCCAGGAGCCGUGAGUGUGUGUGCGCGUGAAUGUGUGUGUGUCGUCUGUCUGAAACAUGAACCGCUUGCAUUAGACAUCAGCAGGGCGAUUGAAAACGGGGCAAAAAUCACCAACAACAUCAUCUUCAUCAUCCUUCUCUUCCACGGGGGAAACCUGUUCGCACGCGCCGGGGAGCAGGAAGAUCAAAUUAGGGUGGUGAAAUUAUUUGUGCAAGCUGCCUAUGAAGGGGAGGAAGGUGUAACACACACACUACAGAGUGUGUGUUGUUGUUUCCAUUAGUGUUAAUGAUCUUAUUUACUACUCUCUUAAUUAUCAGCUCUAAAAGCAUCCGUGGAAAACUGGAGCAUACAUGUCGUGAUCUGAGAAAAGCAUCGGGUUAUUCUUAUGGAUUAACAUAUGCUCUAAACUCAACCCAGGUCAAACACUUUGCUGUAAUUGCUGUUAAACUUGAGAAAGAGCAGAGCUCUCAGACACAGAGUCUCUGGUUCUGCAGGCUGAGAUUUCUGGUUUAUACACAGCUUCUGUUUGCCACUGACGGCCGAAGACCGCUCCUCUCUCCUCCCCUCUCCGUUUUUUCUCCUCCUCUCCCUCCCCUAUGCUCAGUUCGGUGUGUGUCUCCUCAUUCAAAGGGCGCAAGGGUGGGAACAAGUCGUCCAACAAAGCAUGUUACAGCGCCGACAUGACUUGCCCGUCGGAAAGCGAGAAAAUCGUCAUCAACUGCGGCGGCGUGAGGCACGAGACGUACCGGAGCACACUGAAGACGCUGCCCGGGACGCGUCUGUCGUGGCUCACUGAGCCGGACGCCUUCAGCAACUUCGAUUACGACCCGAAGUCCGACGAGUUCUUCUUCGACCGGCACCCGUCCGUCUUCUCGUUCAUCCUCAACUACUACCGGACGGGCAAGUUGCACUGCCCCAACGACGUGUGCGGCCCGCUGUUCGAGGAGGAGCUCGCCUUCUGGGGCAUCGACGAGACCGACGUGGAGGCGUGCUGCUGGAUGAACUACCGGCAGCACCGGGACGCGGAGGAGGCGCUGGACAGCUUCGAGACGCCUGAGCCGGACGUGCCGGAUGAUGACCCGGCGCUCGUGGGGGACGGAGACCUGAAGCGGCUCUGCCUGCAGGAGGACGGCAGGAAAGUGGGCUGGUGGCGCGUGUGGCGACCCCGGAUCUGGGCGCUCUUCGAGGACCCCUAUUCGUCCAAAUACGCGCGGUAUGUGGCGUUCGGAUCCCUGCUAUUCAUCCUCAUCUCCAUUUCCACCUUUUGCAUGGAGACGCACGAAGCGUUCAACACCAUCUACAACAAAACCGAGAACGUUACGGAAGGGAACGUAACGAAAGAGGAGAUCGUGUACGAGGUGGUCACGGACAGCUGGCUGACGUACGUGGAGGGAGUGUGCGUGAUUUGGUUCACCAUCGAGGUGUUCACUCGCGUCGUCUUCUGCCCCGACAAGGUCGAGUUCUUCAAGAGCGCGCUGAACAUCAUCGACUUCGUGGCCAUCUUGCCCUUCUACCUGGAGGUCGGUCUGAGCGGACUCUCCUCCAAAGCGGCAAAAGAUGUUUUGGGCUUCCUGCGCGUGGUGCGCUUCGUCCGAAUCCUGCGUAUCUUCAAGCUGACGCGUCACUUCGUGGGCUUGCGUGUUCUCGGGCACACGCUCCGCGCCAGCACCAACGAGUUCCUCCUGCUCAUCAUCUUCCUCGCUCUCGGCGUUCUCAUCUUCGCCACAAUGAUCUACUAUGCCGAAAGGAUAGGAGCCAGUCCGGACGACCCUACGGCGAGCGCGCACACCAACUUCAAGAACAUCCCCAUUGGUUUCUGGUGGGCCGUGGUGACCAUGACCACCUUAGGCUAUGGAGAUAUGUAUCCGGAGACGUGGUCGGGAAUGCUGGUGGGGGCGCUGUGUGCCCUCGCGGGCGUGCUGACUAUCGCUAUGCCCGUUCCCGUGAUUGUUAACAACUUCGGCAUGUAUUACUCUCUGGCCAUGGCCAAGCAGAAGCUGCCCAAAAAGAAGAACAAACACAUCCCGCGAGCCCCGCAACCCGGCUCACCCAAUUACUGCAAGCCGGAUGCCCUCGCAAUGGCUACGGCCUCGCCCCAGAGGAUCCUGGGUAACGUGCUGGGCGGCGUGCUGGGGUCGAGCGGGCUGGCGGGCGACUGUCCUCUAGCUCAGGAGGAGAUCAUAGAGAUUAACAGAGACUCGAAGCAGAACGGUGACGCAGCCAGUGCCGCUCUAGCAAACGAGGACUGUCCAACAAUCGAUCAGGUUCUUAGUCCGGACGAGCGCAGCCCGAUGGGCCGAACACAAGAGCGCUACCAGCAGGACAGAGCCUGCUUCCUCCUCAACACGCGAGAGUUUCGACCCACUGAUGGGAAUGUGCGGAAAGGUUGUGUCAUAUCCCGCGUUUGCCGUCAGUGCAGCGCCAGAGUUUCUAAUGCGUGACUAUGGUGUUAAGUUUCUAGCAUUUGGCAAUUCUUUUAAGGAGACACAGUUAGUCGCUGAAUCCUGAAAACUUUGCCGACGGGGCCGCGCCAUCCAUACGGGACGUGUGAGGAAUGUCGGAGUGGCAAGAGGGUGUGACUGGAAACAAAAAAACAAAACAAAAAAAACAACAAAGGAAACUGGAAAUUUCCGAUGCCGGAUCUUCACACGGUAACCAAAGCAACCUCACCGAAAUUCCGGAUCACUCCUCUUUCUACAGACUGACUGACUUUACAGCAACAAAACCGAACAUUGCACUGACACCUGAAAGAGAAAAAAGACUCUUGAAGGAACGAACGGAAAAACAUUCCAAUGUUUUAAGAUCAAAACACCAGGCGUUUUGACUGCCGCACUCACCUGGGCCCUGAGUUUCUGUAUAUUAGUCUAUAUGUAAGAAUGAAGGACCAAGUUAGAAUAAUUAUGUAGCAUUUCUGCUAAGACCCUGUAGCAUUUCUUGGCUGGGAGAACUCUCCGACAGACUUUUUACAGACUGAUAUUCAUCGACCGUUUGCACAGAAUGACUAAAAUGGCUUAGUCAUGCACAAUUUUUUUCUUGUUUUCUUUUCCCCCACUCAGCAUAUUAGCAGCAAAGUGUGUUGUCCGUGCAUUGCCGUGUGGUAGUUCCCACUCCCUGUCCGAGAAAUGUCCGAGUCUUAGAGUAGCUUUUCUUUGUGAAUGAAUCUAGAGCACUGAAAAGUGAAACGCAGCACUCUGCUUUGGUAACAGAAGUACGUUGCUAUUCCCAAACAGUCUUCCAGGUUUUUUCCCGUACGUUCGGGGGAGGCAACAUCGAAAACACAGUCCUGACAGACCAAAGCCCAACUGUGACCAAAUAUAAUGUACGAAAGCUAAAAUGGCACAAAAUAACUUUAGAUGUUCCCUGUCAGAUCUGAACUUUUCGUCCCUUUAAAUACGAACGGAUUGGCAUGUUCUGCCAGGGGUGCUGUCUCUAAUUCCCAAAAACCCCUCAAAUUGAGGACUUUUCCCAUGGGAAUCCUCUCUGAUUAUAGAGGUUUAUUUAUUUUUUGACUUAGUAGAGCUAAUGCUGCCAUAGAUUAAAUAUCUGCACAUGUGAGUGCUUGGACCAAUAACUAGCGUUUUGUCUUUAUGGAAAGAGGGUAUAAAGGUCAGGGAAAUGCAGAGACAUUCUUAAAAUCUCCCUUUCUAAAAAAAAAAAAUCGUCUAUGUACGACUUGUCUAAAACUGCCUUCAGAGUUUCCCUCCAUCUCUGUGUCGUAUUCUCUCCUAUUGGCUUGACUGCAUUGUUCCUUCUUAACUAAUCAGAGGGAACGCAGGAGGUCACGCCAAAUGAAUCAAGAAGAAUAAAUGUACAAAAAAAACGAACAAAUUUCUAUUUUGAUAAGUAACAUCUCCAUGGUUCACGAGGAACACGAUUCGCUGCCACCGAUGUCCGAAUGCGACUGUAAAAAUGCAAUGCCGACCACCCAACGAACAGCCGAGGCGACUUACACAAAUAAGAAAAGAGAAAAAAGGACAAAAGAAAAGAAUAUUAACGCGCUCUUUUGGAGGGAGAUAUGAUUCAUCAAAGAGGUUGUUUCCUCAUAGACUGAACUGUGAGAAAAUGGAUGUCAAAAUAUAUGAAAAAAGAAAAACAAAUGAAAAAAAAAAAACUACUUGGAGAGAAAAAAAAUUAAUUAAAAAAAAUGCAUUUUUGUAACUUUGUUUACCAGCAUGAGACUUUGCAUGACUGUAUUUUCUGCUAGCCCUUAGUUGAAGUGGGGAGGGCUAAAAAAAUAAUUAAAAAAGAUAUUAAUAAUAAAGAUGUUAAUAAAAAUAAAAAACAUGAUAUGCAAUGGAUAUUUAAGAAAAACAAUAUAUUUAAAAGAGCUAUAUUUUGUUUUGAAAUAGGAAGAAAAUGUGAAUAAAUUCUGACUGCGAGUUACACACUGAACUGUUUUAUUAGUUUAAGAUUUAAAAAAAAAAAAUCUCAAUGCCACCAAAAUCUGUUCUGCUACAUACUGCCCCAUGUAACAUUCUCGUUCGGUUUCAUUUCUUCCAUCGAAAUGCCGCCUGGACUGUAUAUUUUGGUUGCGUAUCUCUCUUUCUGUAUGCCGAAGGGGUCGUCUAUCUAUCUAAGUGUUUGGCUAAUGUUUGUCUGCGUACAACAUUAGUUUUCUCUGUAGCCAUGAUAACAACUGUGCUGAUGCUAGAAUCCUCUGUAAGCGGGAUAUGGCGUCUUUUCCCACAUGCAUCGGGGCUGAUAGUGUUUCAUUCUCCGUUUGAGUUCACCUGCUCUCAUUGGCAAUAAUAUGAAUGAUAAUCCGAUGGAGAUGUAGCAAGGCAAAGUGGAGGCUCGUAUCAGUCUCAGCGUCUUCCUUACAAACGGAUGCAGUGUGGGAAACUGUGUUUUUGUAGAGGCGUUGUGUCUCUAAUCUCAGGUGAAAAACGUGAAUGCUCAGUCCCGCACCAGACCUCUGCCUGCCCGUGCAGCCAUUUUUCAUUUUCAUCUCGUCUGAUUGUUAUAAAGAUCCCUCGAAAGGCAUUUUACCGUCAUUUGUUGAUGUAUUUCCGGUUAAAACAGGAAGUUAGGAUCCCUUUAUAUACAUAGCCAAUUGUCUUUAGCCUUUAGCUUAGCAAAACAACAGCUUGUACAAUGAACUAAAUCAGUGAAAACACUUUUAAAAUGAAUAAAUUCUGCAGAGAACCAUUUUAAAUGUCAUUCUGUAAUAUUGGCUACAGAAUUAAAAUUUAUAAGUCUAAAAAUGCUAAUGUUCAGUUUAAUCCAACUUGGUUCUCAGAAUGACACCAGGUUAAAGUUAAACCUUUAGCAUUUAGCUUUAGGUUAAUGCAAAACAUCACAGUUGAGUUGUAAUAUAGGCUGCAGAAUUAAAAUUGCUAACUCUAAUCAUGCUAAUUGGUGUGUUAGUUUUUCCCAACUUGUUUAUCUAAAAGUUUCAUAUAUCUCAGGACAUCAGGCUAAAGCUAAACAUUUAGCUUUAGGCUAAGGCAAAGUUGAAUUAAAUGUGGCAAGUUGAGUUAAAUGUGUUUGUUAUUUUGUAAUAGACACCAUAAUUAAAAUUGCCAACUCUAAUUAUGCUCAUUUUUGUGUCCUAAAACGCUAAGUUUUACCCAAUAUAUUUUUUUAUAUCUCAGGACACCAGGUUUAAGUUAAACCUUUAGCAUUUAGCUUUAGGUUAAUGCAAAACAUCAAACUUGAGUUAAAUGUGUUAAGGCCUAUUUGUUAUUUUGUAAAAGACUUCAUAAUUAAAAUUGCUAACUCUAAUUAGGCUAAUUUGGUGUCCUAAAAUGUUAAGUUUUACCCAAUAUAAUUUUUAUAUCUCAAGACACCAGGCUAAAGCUAAACCUUUAGCAUUUAGCUUUAGGCUAAAGCAAAACAUCAGAGUUGAGUUAAAUGUGUUCAGCUUAUUUGUUAUUUUGUAAAAGACUUCAUAAUUAAAAUUGUUAACUCUAAUUAGGCUAAUUUGGUGUCCUAAAAUGCUAAGUUUUACCCAAUAUAAUUUUUUAUAUCUCAAGACACCAGGUUAAAGUUAAACCUUUAGCAUUUAGCUUUAAGCUAAUGCAAAACAUCAAACUUGAGUUAAAUGAGUUUAGGCCUAUUUGUUAUUUUGUAAAAGACUUCAUAAUUAAAAUUGCUAACUCUAAUUAGGCUAAUUUGGUGUCCUAAAAUGCUAAGUUUUACCCAAUAUAAUUUUUUAUAUCUCAGGACACCUGGUUAAAGCUAAACCUUUAGCAUUUAGCUUUAGGUUAAAGCAAAACAUCAGAGUUGAGUUAAAUGAGUUUAGGCCUAUUUGUUAUUUUGUAAAAGACUUCAUAAUUAAAAUUGCUAACUCUAAUUAGGCUAAUUUGGUGUCCUAAAAUGCUAAGUUUUACCCAAUAUAAUUUUUUAUAUCUCAAGACACCAGGUUAAAGUUAAACCUUUAGCAUUUAGCUUUAAGCUAAUGCAAAACAUCAAACUUGAGUUAAAUGAGUUUAGGCCUAUUUGUUAUUUUGUAAAAGACUUCAUAAUUAAAAUUGCUAACUCUAAUUAGGCUAAUUUGGUGUCCUAAAAUGCUAAGUUUUACCCAAUAUAAUUUUUUAUAUCUCAGGACACCUGGCUAAAGCUAAACCUUUAGCAUUUAGCUUUAGGUUAAAGCAAAACAUCAGAGUUGAGUUAAAUGAGUUUAGGCCUAUUUGUUAUUUUGUAAAAGACUUCAUAAUUAAAAUUGCUAACUCUAAUCAUGCUAAUUUGGUGUCCUAGCAUGCUAAGUUUUACACAAUAGGAGUUUUUAUGUAUCUCGGGACACCAGGCUAAAGUUGAGUUGUUUUUGCUUCAGAUCUGGGCCUCAGUCAGUAGCAUCUUUAACAUUGUAGCACUGCUUAGCAUUUAACACAAGGGCAUUUACAAACUUGUUCACAUAAUUCAAGAUUGCACAAAAAGUAAGUCAAGAUGUUAUUUAAUCUUAGAGACACUUGAGCCACAUGUGAAACAAGGUUUAUACCGACGGUCAUUGCAGAUGUUUUAAUCAAUACGAUACAUAGGAUGACAGAGCAGAUAGGAGAUAAAAGUUACCCUUGACAAAGGUGCUUGACUUUGACGAGUGUGUUAUUGUAGAUGAAAAGCCUCUGCUAAUUACCGAGUGGACAGAAAAAGAGAAUGAAAUGAAUACGAGAGACUGCGAAGGUUCAAGCAGGCAGCGGUCCGGUGUCGUGUGAGGGACGGUUUGUGAUAUUUCGAGUGUGCUGAUAUCAUCGGCUUCUGAUAUAUGGAAUGCAGAUGGUGGAAGUGGAAAUACGACCUUCAGGAGAAAGACAAUAUGACACAGCUUAUAUUUUCGAAACCUUACCAAGCGAAAAGGAGAUGUCUCCGGACUGGGUCACUGGGUCCGUUCCCAGCCCAGAAAGAAACCUUAUAGCCCAAAUAGGUCUUUGUUUUUUCAAAGUUGUGCAUAUUUAUAGUUUUAUAAAUGCUUUUGUUUAUAAUUAUCAAUUUAUUGAAUAAUUUAUAUUUUAUACAGAGUUUUUGUUCUGAGAUCAUCUCUUUGUUCCAUUUCAAAGAUUGUUCAUAUUUUUUAUGACCAGUUUGUUGUUCACUUAUAUAAAUAUAAAAGAGCCUGUGUUCGGUUUUAUUUUAGAAGGCAUUAAGACCACUUUGGUCCAGGGGUCACAAAGUAACGCAGAAUAAAUAUUUUAAAGCAUGCUUCCAGCAAGAACACAACGACGCAUAUCCACACUGGCAAAUGCCAGUUUGAUUUUGUUUUAUUCCCAAACAUGUUCGUUUUUUUUCUUUUCAGGACAAGUCGAGCUUGUCUCUCCAUCUUUCACGCACAUUGAAGCGCACUGCCCUGUUAAAAUGAUUUGGAAUGAUAGAUCUGUCUGCAUCUAAUUCUUCUUGUUCGAUUUUUACUGUGCCUGCUCUUGUAUCCAAUGUCAGUUUGAUCACCCGUUUCUUGUGUAUUAAGUUUGAUUUGAUGUACUUGAAUUACAGAUAUGCAAUCACCACCUCUCUGACCACUGCCAAUCAUCCCGAUCAAUCAACAUGAUCAGUAAUCAAUAUGAUUAAAGUGAUUAACAACCUU